GUCGAUGUUUUCCCGCCAAAUCUUGUUGUGAAGGCGAGACGUAGCAGAGAAACUUUUCCGCGAGAGAUUCUCAGCCGUUUUCAGUUUGAUUUUUCUAACAUUUAAACCUAGUUGUUGGAUUAACAAGUGUUUCCAAAAUGACAUCAGUCGAAGUGAAGAACUGGACACCCGAGUAUUACAUCACAAAUCAAUCUGUUUGUCAACAGAUUUUGGACAAUCCGGCUGUAUUGACAGAGAUACCUUCAUUAAACAAUGUUCAACUGCAUAAUAUCAGAGAUAAAGAGUUAAUUAGAUUUCGAGGGAUGGUUCAGGACAUGUAUGACCCUGAGUAUUACUUUAAACAUUACGAAGUGAAAAAUACAAACACUGGAGAGAGUAACGUUAGAUGUGGAAUGUAUGCAGAUACAGUCCAACAUUUGCCACAUGAAGAAAUAAUGUUUUAUUCCGACAAGAAUGAAAACUCAGAAAGGCUAACUUAUGUAGUUAUUUCUAUACCUGGAUUAAAUGACUGGGCAAAGGAAAAGAACACAAAUAUACAGAUAUCUAACACAACAAUACAUAAUACUAAUAAUAAUAAAAGAAGUCUAGAUGAUAAUGAAGUAGAGGAAAUGGAUUGUUCAGAGUCUGUUACGAAAAAAGAAAAAGUCUCGGCUGAUGACCAAGAUGUGAAUAUGAGCAAUGGUCAUAGUACCAAAGUUCAGAAUUUAUUAUCAAAAGAUCACAUAUUAAACUUUCCUGUCCCAAUUGACGGAGGAAAAGCUUGUAUAAUAAAAGUUUACGAUGAAACUGUUUUAAAAUUGAAUCAAGUUAUCGAUGUAAUAGGAUUUGUAUCAUUGGAUCCAAUGUUAAGUACAAUUUAUAAUGUAGAUGAGAUGAACGAAGCUGAAGUACAUACUCAUAAUCCUCCGGUCUCUCUAGUGCCUCGGUUACACACAGUGAAAAUAAUUGAGCUUACAAAAUCGAAAAUUGUAAACUCUCCAGAAAUCAUGUCUAAAGCACAGCUAAUUAGGAGUGAUCUGCAUAUAAUAUUGAGUCAAUUGCUGUUUGGAGAUAACUUGGCUGCAGAUUAUUUGAUAUGUCACUUGCUUUCUACAAUAUAUAUGAGAAGAGAUUAUUUUUGUCUUGGUACAUUUCCACUGAACAUAACGAAUUUUCCAGCGAAUAAACUCAAGACUUUUCCGAAAGAAUUCUAUAACUUUUUAACAUUAUUCGUAGAGAAAAGUCAUUUUCUGGAGGUGACUUUGGAAAAUUUGAAUGAACUAGCUUUAAUUCCAAAAAAGGAUUAUAUAUGCAACAGACUGACAAGUGGUAUUUUACAACUGAGCAAUAAUACGCAUCUUGUAAUAGACGAAAUUGGUUUAACCACUGGUACACUUACUACAAUUGGCAAGGAGAAUUAUAAAGCUCUGUCUGAUUUACUCAUGUUUCAAAAACUGAUGUAUGACUUCAAAUACUACACAAUGGAAUACGAAACAGAUAUUCCAAUUUUAAUAUUCUCUGAUGUCAAAUCGUUUAUUCCUUGUCCUAUGCGAAUUAUUUUAAAUAUUGAUGCAGAAUCGGAAAAUUUAUAUACUCAGGUAGUUGAAGCUGCAUAUCAGUAUUUGAAAGACGAGAAUCGAUUGGCGAAUAUUCAUCAAUACAUAGAAACUUUGAAACAUACAGAAUUUGUUUUUAAUGAAGAAAUCACAAAAGUUGUCCAAGAUGAUUUUGUGGAGAUGCGUAGCAGAAACAAGAAUAUAGAUGCGGAUAAUUUACAUGCAUUAAUGGUUUUCGCUAGAUUAAUGGCCUUAUCUUAUGGACAAACGACCUUAAACACAGAAUGUUGGAAAAAAACUGUGCAGUUGGAAAUGGAAAGAAUGAAUAGGCUGCCACAACGUGAAAGAUAAUUGUUGGAACUCGGGAAAGAAUUAUAAUACCAGGUGUAUAUUAAAUUAUAUGAUACUAAUACAAAUA